AAAUUUUCAUGUCAUGGUUCAGUACUGUCCAUAGUAGUCUGAUGAAGGCUCUAAUAUUAAAGGAUUUUUAUGUAAAAGUAGGCGAUCACGAUCAAGUGAUCAGAGCUCUAGUAAAGCUACCCUUGUCCAGGUAUUUCUUUUGCAAUCCCCUGUAAAAAAAAAUAAACAAAAAGAAAAACUGAAGAAAGAACUGAAACCAUGUUCCUCAAGAAUUGAGCAAUGAUAUGAGCGAGGACUGUGCAAUCCAAUUUUAAUCUAGUUUAAACUUCUAAUGACUACGUAAAUGAAAAUUAUUGCACAAUAUUGAAAAUGUAUGGUCCACCAAUGGAACAAAAAGCAAAGGUGGUGCAGGCCCACCACCCGCAGGAGGCACCGUAGGGGCCGGGUGCAUUGUGAGCCGGGUGGCGGCCAGGAGGGGAGGACUGAUCCCCGGCUACCAAGACUGGCAAUUGGUACACGGAAUUUCACCUCUCUGGUGGGGAAGGAGGCUGAGUUAGUGCAUGUGGUUGAGAGGUACCGGUUAGAUAUAGUCAGGCACACAUCAACGCACACCUUGGGCUCUGGAACUAGCCUCCUGGAGAGGGGCUGGACUCUGUCUGGAGUUGCCCCUGGUGAGAGGUGGCGGGCCAGGGUGGGUAUCUUGGUAUCCCCUUGGCUUGCUGCCGGUAUGUUGGGGUUUCUCCCAGUGGACGAGAGGGUUUGUUCCCUUCGCCUCCAGGUCGGGGAACGAGUCCUGACCGUCGUCUGCGCUUAUGCGCCGAGUGGCGGUUCAGAGUACCCAGCCUUCUUGGAGUCCCUGGGUGGGGUACUGGAGGGUGGUCCUCCUGGGGACACUGUUGUUCUACUGGAAGACUUCAAUGCUCAAGUCACGUGUUUUGUUAUUGGACUUCAGCGGGUGGUGGCUGAAGCAAAAACUCGGGUGUGGGAGGAUUUCGGAGAGGCCAUGGAAAAAGACUUUCGGACUCCCUCGAAGAGAUUCUGGCAAACCGUCAGGCGACUCAGGAGGAGAAAGCGGUGUUCUACCUGCACUGUUUAUAGUGCGGGUGGAGUGCUGCUGACUUCGACUGAGAAAAUUGUCUGGUGGUGGAAGCAAUACUUUGAGGACUUCCUUAAUCCCACUGGCACGUCUUCCGUGGAGAAAGCAGAGUCGGGGGAUGAAGGGGAUGACCAGCCAAUCUCUGCGGGCGAGGUCACUGAGGCAGUUAAACAACUCCUUGGUGGCAGAGCCCCUGGGGUGGAUGAGGUCCGCCCCGAGUUUCUGAAGGCUCUGGAUGUUGUAGGGCUUUCUUGGUUGACAUGCCUCUACAAUGUUGCGUGGAGAUCAGGGGCAGUACCCCUGGACUGGCAGACCGGGGUGGUGCUUCCCAUCUUUAAGAAAGGGGACCGGAGGGUGUGUUCCAACUACAGGGGAAUCACAGUCCUCAGCCUCCUUGGGAAAGGCAUUCGACCGUGUCCCUCGGGGGGUCCUGUGGGUGGUGGUCUAGGAGUACGGGGUGUCUGGCCCAUUGCUACGGGCCAUUCAGUCCUUAUACAGCCGUUGCAAGAACUUGGUCCGCAUAGCCGGCAAUAAGUCGGACUCGUUCCUGGUGGGUGAUGUGCUCAGCCAGGGCUGCC